UGGGGUACGGUUCUUGCUUGAGUUUGCCCCCCCCCCUAGCCGACACCUGCAGCUACGUGGUUGAAAGGUAGGCAGAAAGGGGUAGCCUUCAUGAACUGCAAAUAUCAAUUAACCUCUUUUUCUGAAAAGUAUGGGGGCAGGUAUCCCUUUGUCCCCUUGCUCCGGCUUCUUUAGGCGUCGCUAGGUCAAAAUACUAAACAGAGACUUGCGAUUAGACGAUUCCCAAAGUGAACAUUUGCUACCCUUCUUUGCAAAGAGCAGUUGGACAGAGUAAUGUAUUGAUUUCUAUCAGAAAAAUGCUGAAAAUGAAUCUCUUUUUCUGCUUCCCUUCAAAAAAUUAUCUACAUUUUCUUAAAAAAACUGGGUUAGCACGUUUUUUCCUUGGAAAUAACAACAGCUGCAUAAUAAUGAGUAUGCACUGGCAGGUGUACGCCUAUAAGAUGACCUUUCUAGCUAGUAUAAAUAUGUCUUCUUGAGGGAAUUGUCCAGUUGUUAACAGAGACGCUAAAUGCACGGCGGCUGAACUUCUAGAAGCUUUCUUUGCUGGUAGCGAAACACAUUAGCAGAAAACUUUUACAAGGUCAUAAGAUGAAGCCCGCUGUUGGACCUUUGAUAUUUUGCUCUGGAAAGUAUUGCUUUAUCAUAUUCAUUUGCAAUAUUGUAUUUGGUGCACUUGCUGUUCUUCUCAAUGCAACCGUCUUAAUCGCGUUGAUACGUGUUGCAAAACGCCGUACUUGGAAGGUAUCCAACAUCAUCCUGUCCGCCAUGGCUAUCACAGACCUAUGCACUGGCCUAAUCUGCCAGCCAAUCCAUGGGUACUUUGUCUUCAGGCAGAAGAAUGUGUACAAGGAAGAGGACCUUGAAACCUGGGAAGCCUGGUUGUUCCUUGCCUUGGUGUACAGUUCAUACACGUUCUGUUGCGCCUCACUAUUCAUAACGACACUGAUGGCAAUAGAAAGAUUAAUGGCAGUAAUGUACUCAUUGAAGCACAGGGCAGUCUCAACAAAUUUUCGCGCCAUAACUAGCCUUAUCAUUGCUGGUGCUGUAAGUGCUAUUAUUCCUGUCUUCCGUUUUGCAUCUCCGUACACACAGGUUGUGUUUAUGGCACUUCUGGUCCUCGUGGUCCUGUUGUCACUUGCGACUAUUAUAGGAUCAUACACUGCUCUUUUCAGAAGCUUUAAAAAACAACGCAUAGCUGCUCAGAAGCUUUCUUCGACAGAGAAAGACAGACUGCGGGGCAUAAAACAAGAAAGGCGGAUGGCAAAGACAUUCGCUUUGGUCACUGUAAUUCUAGGUCUUAUGUACCUUCCUCAAAUGAUGCUCAAGCCAAUUUCAAUAGCUGUCAAAAAACAAGGUGACUCUAUGUCUGAUCUGCUACUGAUUCUGGAAGACUCCUUCAAUACAUUCCUAUACGCAAACGCUGCAGUGAACCCAUUCAUCUAUUUCGUUCGACACGAAGAAGUGCGAAACGAAAUUGGAUCAGCACUGUCACUGCGCUGCUUCAGACGACCAAGAGCCGAUACAACAAAAUCGACAACGCAGAAUGCAAGGGAGACUUCAUCAUCGCGUCUUUGAGGACAUUCUGUGCGGCAGGACUCAUAGUAAUUAGAAUGAAUGGUUAAACCAAUACACAUGUAAUAGUAUUUGGGGCGUUGGCUCAAUGAGAAGUAGUAAUGACUUUUGGAUUCCGAGGGCCAGGGCGGAAAACAAGUACGAAGCCCUUGUUAUGUAUCUGCGAAGCCCUUGCCCUGCAUCUGUCCGUUUAAAGUGGAUUGGCAAGUGGAUGGGCUAUGAUUAAUCUGUGGCACCCUGGCCCCCCUUAAAACCGCCACAGCUUAAAAAAGCGUUUUGUCUUUAUUGAAAAGUUUUACAAGGCAUGUCAACAAAUUUUUGUCCCUAUGCUUAACCUAGUUUCAAUCUCUUGCAACAGCUUUCCACAAAUUCAGUUCUUUUAUUGGCCCCUGUUUGGAGCAGAAGCUCAAAUGGAACAAGGGGCUUUUAAUCCACCGUUCUUAUUACGUAGUGUUGCGAGUGGAGGCAAGAGAAGUUGGAAACCCCCCCCCCCCACAAUGGCAAAAAAUUUCUUUCAAAAGGGGCGUUUUCUGGCGUUCAAAGGGGCGAGAAGCCCCAAUUUUACAUUGCUCAUCUCGCCUUUGCCACCAAAAAAACUUAAUACCUUGGCUACGCUACUGUUCUUAUUGCCCAAAGGAAAGUUGCUGCUAGGACUAGCAGCUGCUCAUGUGGACUUUGUUUUUUUCAGUAUCUAGCGAAUAUUGAUAAUAGAAAUCUAGAGGCAGGAUAAGUAAAUUAUGACAAGUACCGUUAAUAAAUUCUCGCUGUAAACAGGUGUCAUGUUUUAUGCUUGUUUAUUUCAAGUGGAGUCAUUUUAGUUUGCGCUAUUCGAUAUAUGAUUAAGGGGUUAAGCAAAAAGUCAUUGAUAGGUUAGGUUGAAUUGUAAAUAGAUUAAAUUGUUUUUAUUUAAAGUUAUGUUGGAAUAUUGUAACCAGCAGUAUCAUCUGGGUUUUAACUAUUUGAUCGAUAACAUUGAUAAGCGAAUCAAGGCCGUAGCAGAUAUGGGAGCUAGAGGGUGUUAAUAUGUGAAGGAGAAAGAACAACGCAUGGGUUGAACUUCAAACGGCCUACACACAUAACUGUAAUAAUGUAAACUGUAAUCUGAAACUCUAUAUAAACAUGGGUCACAUAAAGUAAUGCUCCUGCGCAUAGUCAAUUAGGUUACUACAGAGGGCAGCCUGGCAAAAAUCUAUAAAUGUAAAGCAUAUCUUCGAAAUACCUAGUGCAGCUUGUGCGAUAUAUUUGGAAAAAUUAUG